UCCUGAUGCGAGGCAGAUAUGGAUCCUGCUAUGGGUCGCUGAACGGCGGACAAAACCCGUGGAUGGUAUGUUAUUUUGCCACAGAGUCGCAAUUGACCCGCUGCACACCCCCAUCAAUCGGGAGCUCAUCGAUCAAGGCAGGGUAUCUGGCCGAUCCAAAGGCACCGCUUGAUGGGGCCGGCUCCACCGAGCUUGAAGAAGCCCUGAGAUACCCCGGCCACUAAUUCGGCUGCCUUUUUG